CUGUUUCUUCCAGGUCUCCAGAACGGAAGCUGUGGCCCUUCUGGAGCAGAACGAAAAUUAUGGCAACAUGUUGCUGCGUCCUGGACAGGAUGGGAAGAGCUUCUCGUUGACCGUUCGGCAGAAGGCGCCCGGAGCCGUGAGUGUCAAGCACUAUAAAAUCAACGCCGUUGGUGGGGAGUACGUCAUCGUUAUGGAAAAGCCGGUGUGGCGUGGGAUCAACCCGGGGACCAGGAAGCGUGGUGGAAGGGGCCGCCCCCACCUGUUCGUGUACCUCCCAAGCCACCGAAGAAGCCACCUAAGCCAGCCAUGACCGAGGAGCUGAAACUCAAACUUCAGGAACGAAGGGCCAAGAUGGAGGAUUAAAAGACGGCGGACAUUUUGAUUAAAGAAUCCACACGGUGAAAAAGGAAAUAGAGGAACCGGCUGAAUUCCCAACCAAAAUCUACCUCUGGAUCCCUCUGGAUCCGCUCUCUCGGGCGAACCAGCAAUCCUGUUUUGUGGGUCGGAUCAGAAAACCCACCCCUUGAUCUGCCUUUGACUCUCCUGGGCUGCUGUGAUGUCACACAGCCAGCACAAAUCUCACAAUUAAAAGUCAAGAAGGGACUAAGAAGGAGUUUUAGGGAGAGUUCCCAAACGUGGCACGAAAAAAUAACCAAUCGGUCUUGGAUCCAGGAAAUAAUUAACCAGUGGAAUGACUUGCCACCAGAGGUUUGUGGGUGCUCCAACACUGGAGGUUUUAAAGAAGAGACUGGACAAACAUUGGUCUGAAAUAAUAUAGGACCGUUAUGGCGAAUCUACUGCAUGGGUGCGAAAGUGGCACACAGAGCCCUCUCUACAGGCACACGACCGGUUGCCCCAGCUCAGCUACGCCAUGUAUGUGCACGCACCUGCCACCGGCCAGCUGAUUUUCGGGUCUCUGCCGCAAAACUCUCGCACGUUUUUAGCUCCCAGGAGGCUUCAGGGAGGAACUGGGUAUGUCUAAUUUAAUGAAAAGAAGGACCAGGGGAGACA